CCUCUCUCCUUCCUCUUCCCCGUUCUCAGGGAAAUCCAUUACCCACCACAAAACUCCGGCGACGGACCCGACCCGGCUCAUGGACCCGCCGCCUAGAUUCGUCAUCGAAGCCUGCGAGGCCGCGGCCAUGGCCAAGGACGCGGGGCUCGCCCUGACGGACCUCCUCCCCACCCUCGUCGGCGCCGCCAAGCCCCUCGCCCGCACCCCCAUCUCCCGCUACCACGUCGGCGCCGUCGGCCUCGGCCCCUCCGGCCGGAUCUUCCUCGGCGUCAACCUCGAGUUCCCGGGCCUCCCCCUCCACCACUCCGUCCACGCCGAGCAGUUCCUCGCCACAAACCUCGCGCUCCACCGGGAGCGGCGCCUCCUCGCCUUCGCCGUCUCCUCCACCCCCUGCGGCCACUGCCGCCAGUUCUUCCAAGAGAUCCGCGACGCCCCCGAUAUCCAAAUCCGCGUCUUCCCCGUGGACGACCCGGACCAAGCACCGGACCCGGCGUUCGGCCCAUUGUCCCGUCUCCUCCCCCGGCGGUUCGGGCCGGACGAUCUCCUCGACAAGGAGGUGCCGCUCCUCCUGGAGCCCCACCACAACGGGCUGACGUUCUUGACCCGGAGCCCGAACCCGGACCGCGGGUCCUCCUGCAACGGCUUCUGCGACGGGCCCGAGGCCGACGAGCUCGCGGCCGCGGCGCUGGAGGCGGCGAACGAGUCGCACGCGCCGUACAGCAAGUGCCCGUCCGGGGUGGCGAUCGUGGACCGCGAGGGGAAGGUGUACAAGGGCUCGUACGCGGAGUCGGCGGCGUACAACCCGAGCCUCGGCCCCGUGCAGGCGGCGCUGGUGGCGUACGUGGCCGGAGGGGGCGGCGGGUACGACGGGAUCGUGGGCGCCGUGCUGGUGGAGAAGGAGGGCGCGGUGGUGCGGCAGGAGAACACGGCGAGGCUCCUGAUGGGGCUGGUGUCGCCCAAGUGCGACUUCCGGGUGGUCCACUGUCGGUCGGGCUAGCGGGUCGGGUCGGGUCGAGAUGGGUGGUGGGUUCUGUCUGAAUCUUGAAUCUUGAUAUCGAUGUGCAAAUGGCGAACGAACUCGACCCGUGUUGCUUUGGGCCCUCCCCAAAGGAAAGAAAAACUAGCGUUCUCGACUCUGUUUCUUGUUUCCCUUUUUAAGGCUGAAUUAUUAGCAUGCUGAUCUGAAAUCAGAGCGAUGAAAAUGAAAUCUUGGAUAUGAUUGCGAGGGGACAGGAUCAGAUCAGAUUACAAUAUCAUAUAAUUCACAAAUUUUAGCUGUCAAGCACAGGGAAAGAAAUCUCUGGCUUAAAGAAAGAGUCUCUCUUUAAGUAUUCUGCACCAAAGUGGUGAGGAAAGAUUCGUUCCCAAGUGAAGAAUGAUGGGUAUCUCUUCCCCCCUUCGUCCAUCCUUCCUUCCUCGCUCGGCAUAACCCACAUUUUCUUCAUGGCUGUAUGUCUCUGAAACGAGCAAAUGUCAGUUGAAUUGGGUCAUCCAUAUGAACGAAUAUUCUUUGCAAA